GCCAAGUGUUAAUAAGCAAGUAAUAAAAAAAAGCUUUUCAUGUUAGGAAAAAUCAGUGAACAAAGCUGUGAAAAUAUACGAUCGAUUUUGUGUUUUAUUAGUACGGCAAGUGUGUUGCCUUUACCUUUCUGCCGGCGAUAAAUCGACAACGUUUUGCGAAAGAGUGGCAACAAAAAAAGACCGGUAAAGUGUCGGAGAAUUGAAAAUUCGGUAGUGUCCUUCAGUGCACGCGUGUGUGUGUGUAUCCGCACUUGUGUGUGGUGAAGAAAAUCAUCUCCAUUUAAAUGCUCAAUGCCGGUUUAAAAGCAGCAAGGUAUAACCUUCUAAAUGUGAAACGCUUCAACGCUUUUCGAUUGUGUUGAAUCAGUGGUUGAUGGUUUUUCUUAACCAUUAAAAAGUAGAGAAGGAAGAAAAAAAAACAACAAACCAUUUACCUCAAUUCGUGACAGUGCUUUGCUUUUAAUUAAUAUAAUUUUAUGCCCGCUAGGUAAAGUGUUUUUUGUGCGUUUUGGUCCUGUGUGUGUGGGUGUGUUUAUAUAUGUGUGUGCAUGUUUGUUUCUUUCAUCUAGCGAAAGGGUUAAAGGUGAAAUUCACCUGCAAUGAUUGCUACCAGUGUGUGUAAGAUGGUAAAAUAUUACAAUUAAAGCUACGCAUCGCUCAAAUAUUCAAAAGGUGCUGCCAUUCUUUGUGUGCGUGUGCAUUAGUUAAACCGAAAACGGAAUAAACAUCCAGUUGAACUCGAUCGUAUUGAAAGAAGACCAGCGAUCACAUUGAAAAGAUAAUCCAACACAUUAAAGAUCAAAGAACCAGAAGUAAGAAAGCAACAUAAACCAUUUAACGCAAUGAAAGUGAUAGUGCAAAGUGAAACUAGAUCAUCACCAUCCACCCUCAACACCGAUCGUUUGAGGGACUGAACGAAAAGCACUAUUAGACAAUGAAACGGCACAAGCCCGUCCGUCAUGUACAUUCGGAAAAGACUUAGCCGUGUUGUGGCCAUGCUGUACGUAUGUUUCUACCAUUCCCUACAAAAGCCGAUAAAGUGUCCGUGAGCCGUCUGUGUGUGUGAGAGUAAUCAGUGAACAGUGGCAACCCGUUCCACCGUAAGAUGCCGUGGGGUUGCCUCUGUUCAAAGGAGAAAAAACGUCCCCAAAUCAGCAGCCCGAUACUGAACCCGGAGGAUACUCAGAAGCUCCAGUUGCUUCCCGCCGUUAGACGUCCGUUGCUAUCGGAUGCGGAGAAACUCGAGCAACGGUUGCUGGCCCCGAACCCGAACGCCGACUUCGACAACGAAAGCAGCGAAGAAACGCAACCACCGAACGAUGCCGGGCGCGAUCGACUCCAGCAGCAGCUGCUCCAGAAGUCACGUCUCAAAUCGUCGAAUCUCAAAAGCACUACCUACACUCGUAAUACAGAAAACGACAAGCUAACACGCCACCUUAACACGGUAAAGUUCAGCUUCGAUGAACCGGUGCUCCAGAAGCCGGAUGGGCCCGUUGCGCUGGGAAAGCCUCUGCGGAAGCAGUCCGACCGUGGUGACCCACCGCCAAAGCCUGAUCGCCGGAUAACCUCAACAACGGUGCAACAGAUUGUGGUGAAGCUACCGGAAACGGUUGGAAAUGUAUCGUUGGAACAGCAUCACCAGCAAAGCAGCACUACGUCCAACGCAACGGAUGAGUUUGAUUGCAAUGGUAACGGGAACUAUGAUAUUGUGCCGUCGAUUAAAAUCAGUGACGAUGCUGAACUGGAAGGGCGGACGGAAAACAAAGCCAGCGCACAGGUGGACGAGAACAAGAACGAAAUCCUUGUGCCGGGCAGUAGCGAAGGAAGCAUACCGUUCAUCGAUGAGGAUCCCACGCAAAUACUGAGACAGCUGAAUGCGAAUCCACAGCGAGGUCAAAACUUUCAUGACGCUCGUAUCAUCACGCUGACACCAAAGAAUGUUGGGUCCGAGGCAACGCGAGCUGCGGCGGCAGCGACGGCAUCAGUUGCGGCCAAUGAACAAGUCCAUCGGGAGGCUCAGUUGCGCCUGUUGGCGGACACCAAAAAGUUUACACGAUUUCUCGUGGAACCAGCGCCGGUUACUGCUGUCGAGACGGUUAAGUUUACGCACAUAUUUCAAAUUCUGCCCCCUUCGUACGAGCGGUUGUGCCAGCAGUGUCACAAACCUUUACAUCUGGACAUUGGGUUACGGUGCGUGGUGUGUGAUUUCACCUGCCAUCAACAGUGUGUGAGGUUGGAAAAGAAAAAUGGCCGCGAAGAGGAACAGCAAGCAAUCAACAAAUACAAUUCGCUUCCCCUGCAUGCGAUCAAUGCGCAACAGCAGCAGCCGCAGCAACAGCAGCAGCCUAGGCCAACCACAAACUUGAACCAUGUAAAUAACAACCAUUACCAUAAUUAUUCGCUUCAACCGUACUACAAUCGGCAGCCCCAGCAACAGCAGCAUCACUCGUAUCCUGUCGCACGGAUCGCGGAAGAACCAUCGUCCAAGUCGGUACGGUUAAACUACGUGGCAGAGCGGAUACUCGCGUCAACCUUACCGGCCCGGCAGCUUCAGAAUGGAUCCUCGUCACCGCACGCCACUAACGGUACGCCGCCCGCCGAUGAGCACGAGCGCGAACUCAUCAAUAUGCUGGAACAGAAGUAUAAGCAGAACUACCGGAUACUGGAUCUGGAGUCGCGUCUCGUCAACAUCACGCUCGAGAAGCUGUGCGAGCUGUGCAAAUACAUCGACUCCUGGCUGGGAAGUGGGAAGGAAAAGAUCGUCGUUCUUCAGGACAGAGAAGAUAAACAUCGACUCGGGACAGCGGUCGCAGCAUACCUGCAGUAUCAAAAAAUCUGCGGCUCAAACAUUCCGCAGGCUAGUGGCCAAUCGAAAAAUUUCCUUUCGCCCGGCGGCACGGAUAAUGGCCGUAAAACACCAACCUGGUUGGAUUUGGACAUCUACUCGAUGCAAAAGUUUCUCGAAUCGGUCACCGGUCCGCUGCGCAUUCCUUCCCACAAAAGAUACAUUCAAUACUUCUCCGGAUUGCUGUCGGGUGUGAUCAAGUUGAAUUCGUCCUCCUUCUUCCUGAAAGCGAUACGGGUCGAAUCUCCGCCAUGUUUGCACUACCGUGCCAUAACCGUCAACAGCGAGUGGCGCAGUUUCAUCAAAAUCUUCGAAGGCGUCCGGUGUCUGUUUACGUCCGACAUCUACGUCAUACCGCUCACCACGCGGCACUUUAUUUACGAGAUAAAGCAUCCGUUACGGUUGCGCGGUGACAUCCUGGUGCGCUGCUACCAGAUCAUACCAAAUAACAACAAGGCGUCCUACGAGAAGGAGCUGAUCGCGUCCGUGCAAUUUCACACAUGUGCCAUAACCGAAAAGGAAGUACAAUUCCACAAGGGAGAUCUAGACUUGGCGUGCGAGGAUGAGCGCUUCUCAACGGAACAUAUGAUGACGUUCUGUUUCGACACCGUACCAAAUGAACGAUCGAUGGUUCUUAUCUUCCAAGAUCCACUCGUACGGAAGGAACCGAUUGUAGAAAAUGGUGAUCAUCUGGAAACGAUCAACGAAGGUUGGUCCAAACAAGAUGAGUCCAGCCAUACGCAAGGUCCGCUGGAUGGAUCACUGUACGCGACCAUAUUGAAGAGCCCCAAGUCUCCGACCGCACCGCAUCUCAUCUCACCGCCGGCCGAGUUUAGCAACGGCAAAUCGUUGCUAGCGAACGGAAGCGGCCCACCACCGGUGCCGGAACGUUCCAAGACACCGAACUCGAUCUAUCUGAGCCACAACGGGACACCGCGCAGUACGCCCGUACCGUUUACGGUGGCACCGCCACCGGUGAGUCCCGCAUUCGGGAACGGUUCCGUACACGGGGAUGUGAAAUAUGCGCUGAGCGAGUGCAAAAGUACACCCGGUGGUAGGGCCGUGUCCAGCGCAAACAGCAGCUACGGCUCGUAUCAGAGCGCAAGUCCCGGUGCACCGGACGGUGGUAGUUCCGGUGGGUUGACACUAGCGCCCAGUGGCAAGACGCGUCCAACCGCACAGGUUGAUGGCCGCGAGUCGGUACGCAGCCCGCUGACGGUGUCCAUGGACUCGGGCAUCUCGAGCAGUGGCCCAGUUAAUCGUCGCAUACAGGGAUCCAGCGUUUCACCGUCAAGUUUUCCGAGUCCGCAAGCUAGUCCGCAAGAUGAUCGUCAUCGGGAGCUGGACGAUCUGCUGUCCGAUAUGAUGCUUACCGUGCAGGGCAUCCCGGACGUUGGCCAAAAAGCAGACCAAACAGAUCAUCACCAAGCGCAGCAGCGUCCGCAACCGCAUCACCAUCAUCAUCAUCAUCAUCAGCAUCACCAGAAUCCCAACGAUCACUUCGUCAACACAAACACCGACACGAUCAAGCGUUCGCAUUCGGCCCAGCUGCCGGUAUCAGCACGCGAGGACAACCGUUCGCGUACACCACUAACGGUGAGUGACUAUUCCCCAUCGUCAGCGGCAGCCGCCGCGAAAGAGCGCGAACUGCUCAUGUACGAAACGUCCAGCACCACGACGACACUCACGCCACCCCCAAGCGAGAGCGGUCGCGAAACGCCACUGCUGAGUGCCUACGCAUCGGCCGCGAUUCGCGAACGUGAGCUGCAAAAUAUAAAUAACAAUAAUCUGACGCCAGCCGAGCGCGAGCUCAUCAUGAGCGUGCAGCGCCAUCCGCAUCAGUCGCUUGCGUAUCCUCGACCAGCACGGUCGACCACGGGAGCAUCGGAACGGUUUACCUCGGACGACGACGACGAUCUGCUCGGUGGCGGAAGCGGUGGCCAGAUCCCGUACCACGCACGGGAAGAUUCGCGUCCGUUCACGUACGGUAAUAUACCGGCCAGCGGGACACCGCAGCAUCCGCCGGCCGCCACUAUGAUCAAGAUGCAGUCGGGCCUGUCAAGCCCGUCGAUGGUCCGGAAGGCGCUCGGGACGCCGACGGCAACGCGCAAAACUGCCACCCUGCCGCGGAACGAUUUCGAGGAAAUGUUGCGCGAACGGCGCGAAAAAGUGCUCAGUGAAAAGUACACGAUCGGUGAACAGUCACCGGGUGGGAUCGGUGGUGUUGGUGGUGGCGGUGGUAUCAUGGUUAGCGACACCAUCAACAACAACAACAGCGGUGGUGAUGGCCGGUGGACAUAUCAGCAGCAUCAUACCGUCAAAACGGUCACAACGCAGGGUGCGACACCGAAUGGUUAUCCGGCCCAUGAACCGCUCAAGCGGUCCAACACGAUGGACGGAAGCUUCGGACGUCAGUUCUCCAACGAAGGAAUAUCCGGUCAGUCAUGGCUGCAACUACAGCAGCAAAAGUUACGCGCACGCCGGGAACAGCAGCGGCGAGAACAUUCGAAUAGUUUUAGUUACAACUAUGGCAGCCCGGCUUUUCCGACCGGUGAAAACGUCUACAGCACAACGCAUCGGCGCAGCCAGACACUGUCGCCGGUACGAAAUGAGCGGAACUAUCACACACUAACGACCACCAGGACCCAUUCGACGGAACGUCCGUUUGUGGCGGUACAGCGAGCUCACGAAAAUGCGAAGCUCCAGACAAUUGGGAAUGCACCGCUCACCAUUUUGAAUGCCUCACCGCACGGUCACAUUGCACAAGCACAAACAGCCUCUUCACCGUCGCCAUCGUCCACGCACACGACGGUAUCGUCCCCAUCGCCGGCACCACCGUCCACAUCCGUAACGAUCACCAAUCAUCACCAUCAACAUCAUCAGACGGUCAAUGGAAGUAGUAAUGCAGCAGUUAAUGGACAACAGCACUCGACACCUCAACAGCAACGGCACAUCAACGGCAAUGGCGUUCAUUAUCAGCAGCAGCAGCAGCAGCAGCACAUCAACAGCAGCCUGAACGGUAGCAGUGGACUGUUGUCCCUUGCCGAACAGGACCAUUCGACUCCGAAACACGGACAGGUUCGAUUGGAGUCCGAACAGAUAAUAUUCAGUAACAUAAACAGUCUGAAUAAUCUCGAUAACUGCGAAAAGCUCAAUAACCUGCUAAAUGAAAUAACCAACAGUGCGGCGGCUGUGGCAUCCGUGGCAACGACGGAACCGCAGACCCAGACCGUUGCAAGUGCAAGCGGCAGCCAAGCAUGCAUUAGCCCUAACACUACUACUUCCAGUGUCACUACCAACAGCUCGUCUUCUUCCUUCAUGUCCGCUAGCAAUAAUAGUGCAAGUCUCACUAAUCACACCCAUCAUCUAAUCGACUCGUACCACGAUCAUCCCUCCCAUCAACGUCAUCCAUCGUCCGAAUAUUGCCAUCGAAAUGGACACAAACCGACGGGUGGGGAACAGGAACCGAUGGAACUGUCCUCGCCGGAUGGUAGCGUCGACGAGAAACCGAUCGCCCAACCCGGAACGACGGUUAAUGGUGAGCGACGAAAUGGUCAUACGAAUGAUACCUCGGUCAAUGUGAUCGGUCAUGGGCAGCUUGCGCUGGAUAAGCUGCUAGCCUCACUAGCACUCGAGAGCGAUGUUACGGAAGAACAUUUGGCCAAGAUUGAAGGACGCACCAAUACCGAACGGUGCUAUCCGGAGCAACGGCCCACGGUUAACUUUCAUCCGUCGAGCGAACUGUCGGACGUGCUGGCCAAUCUUGCGGAGUACGAUCUGACUGAAAUGCAGCGCAAUGGUAACUUGUACCACCAACACCACCAGCACUAUCAGCAGCAGCAUCAAAACGCCUCCCCGUCGGUUGAUACGACGAACGGCAAUUAUCGACUGUAUUCGGCCCACGGUUUGGAGCUGGUGAACGGUUACACACUAAGCAAUGGGCACCACCUACCCGGGCAACUACAGCGCAGUACCAGUCGUAGCAGUAACGAUGCACAACAUUCGCAACAGCAGUCACAAAACAACUCUCCGAACGUACAGCAGCAGCAGCAGCAGCAGCAGCUCCAGCAACAGCAUCACCAUCACAAUCAUCCCCAUCAUCCGUUACUAAUGAAUAACCAUGUGCGACGCAUUGCUUCCGAAACCGACAGUACCAUCUCAUCCAUUUCGCCUAGCUUAUCCGAACGCAGCAAUGCGAUCUCUUGGUGCGAUCAGGCACGUGAAGAAUCCUUCUCAUCGUACCGCUCGGAAACGGAACCGGACAACUCACCGAUGGGUGGAUCACCGCGUCCAGAAACGCCGGCCUUCCCUGUAACGCCACGCACACCGUACGGGCUGAGCAAUGGUACCUCCAGUCCCGCUCUUCCACCCAAGAGUCCGACAUCACAACGCAGAAAAAAUGUGCUAUACAAACAGCUCGAAAAGCUUGCGCUUGCCAAAGCAUCCCUGUUUCAGUGCGUUGCACCAGUCCUUGAGAAACGGACACAGGGAUGUACUUUUCGCUAUGACAAGGACCUGUUCAGUGGCAACCAGCGGGCACAGGAGAUCGUGAACCAGAACGAAACACUGUCCUGCUACACAUCGCGCCGCAAUUCAACCACCUCGAAUGCGAACAGCGAACCGCAGGAGGUGGCCCCCCAGUUUGUGAAGUUUGCUCGCGACUCAUCCAAGUACUGGUACAAGCCAAACAUUAGCCGGGAGGAAGCGAUCGCACUGCUGCGUAAUGCGGCACCCGGAACGUUCAUAGUGCGCGAUUCGACCACGUUCGCGAAUGCGUACGGACUGGUGGUGAAGGUGAACCAUCCACCGCCCGGUGUACAGUAUACCGGACCGAACAGUGAGGAGCUGGUGCGACACUUCCUGGUGGAGCCCACGAUCCGGGGCGUCCGGUUGAAGGGUUGCGCGAAUGAGCCCGUCUUCACCUCACUGUCUGCGUUGGUGUAUCAGCAUUCGAUUACACCGCUAGCCUUACCGUGCCGGUUGAUCAUCCCCGAUAUGGACCUUCAACAAAUGGAUAAUCAAACACCGGCGCAACAGCAGUUGUUACAGCAAGGAGCUGCCUGCAAUGUGCUAUAUUUGUUUACCUGUGACACAGAGUCACUCACAGGACCACAAGCAAUAAGGAAGGCAGUUAGUUCGCUGCUUGCGCUACGACCUCUUCCGAAACCAACGCAAGUGCACUUCAAGGCCUCACUGCAGGGUAUUACACUGACCGACAAUACGCGACAGUUGUUCUUCAGACGGCACUACCCAUCAAACAAUGUGUCAUUCUGUGCGCUUGAUCCGGACGAUCGUCGAUGGAGCAUUCAGUCAACUACGGGAGAUAUUCCCGCUUCCAAACGCAUGUUCGCGUUCGUUGCGAAGCGAUCGCCCUCAUCGGCCGACAACCAGUGUCAUGUGUUCUGCGAGCUGGAACCAACGCAACCGGCGGCGGCCAUUAUACAGUUCGCCAACAAGGUGCUCACCGGUACCAGCCAACAGCCAGCAGUUACCAGAGCAAUCUAAUCGGUCCGACAGUCUCCAACAACAAAAGAAAGCGUAGAGUUAUAGCACACGUACUCUAUCACGCUAUCUCUCUCCGACACAACAAACACGUACAUGCAAGCGUAAACAAGCAAUAACAAGUGCGAAAAGGAAGAGUAAAUUUUACUAAUAAAAGAAACGAAAAUACACAACGCAUUAUUAAACUAAAAAAAAAAGAAAAGGACAAAAGAAAACAAACAGAUAGUAAACGUUUUAACACGCACGCACAAGUAAUAGGAGCACAUGUGCAAUUGCAAAGCAAACAACAAAACAAGAGAGGAUACUAAAAUACUUAAUCGGUGUUUAAUGAUGGUGCCGGAGAGAAUCGGGCUUUAUGUCUGGCCUUUACCGUGCGCCAUCUUAUCACCACAAACAACCGCCAACUACCAUACUUUUAUUGUGUAAUUGUGUAAUUAUUACUUAUUAUAAUUUAGCCAUACCGUAGCCGUAACAGCUGACACAGCUAUCCGGCGUGCGUAACCCUAGUUUCGUCGUGCAUGUGUUUUUACAAAAAGAAGAAACAAAAACUGGCCACUCUAACGUCUGUCUAUAUGCAAUUCGUUGUACACACUACUUGUUCUACUAUCGUCCCUCUUUCGUCAGCGGACAACUAGUUUUGCGUCGUUACGGUGCGCGAUCGUACGCAGCGUUAAAAUGUACUAAUAAUUGAACAAUUUGUAGCCUGUACAACAUCGAUGGAUUACAAUUCCCGAACUAAACUAAACGUUGUUAGAUAGUUGUGUGAAAAAUAUAGGAAUGCGAAAACAAAAGCGCACCAACUGUUUUCCCCAUUUAACACUGUGGGCUGUUCGUCACAAACGAAAGCUGUGUUCGGUUGGAAUCAUUCCGACUGGUCACGUGGCUUUGUAUUCCCCGUGUUUCUUUGCCGGCGAAACAGUCGAAAAUCCGAACGUGGUAAGGGAUAAUGUUAAGUGUGUCGAGAAGCUGCACUUUCGAAAUGUUCAACUGCAUGUUUGCCUUAACUAACGUAAAUCACUAAAACAUGAAACAGAGACACAAAAAAACAGCACGCUUAUUAACAAACGUGAUCGAACAACGUAACUAUUCGGUUCCUCUUCUUGCCUUUAGGUGUUUAGCACAAAAAAGCUUCUUCGCAACUCUCACGCUAUGGAUGUUCUAUUUUGCGCACUUCACCACACAAUUGGAAUAUUCCUUUUCUUCGUAAAAUUGUUUCAUUGCGAAAUGAAAGUUUACAAAUUAUGUAAAAUUUGCAACAAAUUUGUUUAACACAUACACGCGUUAGUUGUAUGUUUAUUUUUUUUCGCUUUGCGUGCUUUCGCUGGCAAAGGUAGGAAAAAGAAGGACGUUGUUACUACUAGACUGUUUUUUUAAGCAACACAAAACGAACGACUAAGUGCUACUCGUAACUAAAAUCCAAAACGCGUACGCUUUUCAGUACGGUUGCACUUAAUGAGAAUCGAUAACGAAAACUGAAACAAAUCGAAAAAACGUAAACUUUACAGUUUAAAUCAAAAUUGUAUCGAGUAACAGGAUGAAAAUGGCAAAAAAAGGUUAGUUAAAAACAGAAAAUUCUUAAGCACAAUUCAUAAAAUGAACAAAGAAACCCCCCGGCGUGCCUCAUCGAUAAAGAAAACAUGCAAAAUACGAUGAUCCAGUGAGAUUAGACAAAACAGCAAUAAUGUUAAUACUAACAAUACUAUAUCAAAAUCAACCUCACGUCGUAAAGCAAUAAUAAAAAGUAUUGAACACACAUUGAAGCAGGUCGAAAUCGUAUAACCUCAAAUGUAGAACAUUUUUUUCUAACCAACAAACAACCAACAAAUCAUGAAAGGUUUCUUCUUACCGGCACACUUAAGAAACAGAAGGGUAUACAAUAACACAAAAGCAAGCAAAAAAAACGCGAAUAAAACACUACUAGUCGUUGUUUAGAAAGUGUAAGACAGAAGCAAAUCAAACAAAAGCUCGCGCAAACCGUAAAACACAACGCACAAACAAGUAAGAUGUUUUUUUGUUGUUGUAAAGUUAAAGGAAAUUGAGCUGUUUAUUAGCUACUCUUUCUAUUUGGAACACAGUUAGGUAAAUGAUGAAAUUUAUUACCAUUUUAUGUUUAUUGUUUCCCAUCCAUUCUUUUUUUUUCCUUCGAACCGAUUCAAUCACGUGCGAAAAUGAGAACCUAUCUUAAAUUAUUUCUAAUAUAGUAACUUAAAUUAUUCUAUCACAAUCGAAUGUAAUCGAUUUACGGCGAGAUUUCUGUUUCGCAUACGUGCGAUGCUUCGGUACCGGUAUCUUACUCACAGAAAUCAUCAUUAUUAACACAAUUCAAACGCGCAUGAUUCGAUUAAUAACAACCAAUGUAUAUAAUUACAGUGAAUUUCAUGAAAUAAUAAACAAUCACUACGAUCAGCGAACAA